UUGAAGUCCAGUCCUUACCCCUCGUCCUAACUACCUCUUUCUUUGCUGGCUUCAUUGUAGCUGUAUUUUUUGUGCUAUUCAUCCAGUUGGGAGCUCUUCCAUUUACUGCCAUUCAUUUGGAUCCUGACUUCAUCCUGUUUAUUUACCCUCAGAAAAGUGCAGUGAAACCCAAAAUUUGAAGGCACCCAUGAUGUCAUUACCGUUCUACCAAAGACACCACGAGCACUAUGACCGUGCAUACCGCCACAAAGCGCUGUCGUCCACCGUGAGCCAGUACCAAAAGGAGACAAAGAGCAAAUCUGCUGUCUAUGCUCAAGGAUCUGCAGCUUAUGCCAGGGGCUCCGCAGCCUACCGCCACUCAUCUGCAGCAGGCUUCAGCCUUGACUCCUCAGCAGCUUACAGCCAUGGCUCUUCAGCCUACGACCUCGAGUCGGCAGCCUACAGCUAUGGAUCUGCAGCCUACGACCACUCUGCCGCGCAGAGUAAGAGAUCUGCUGCCUACAGCCUUGACUCUGAGUCCCUCAGCACCAGCUCAGCUGCCCACAGCCAUGCAUCUGAAUCCAUCAACAAGCUGGCUGCAGCCUACAGGCUGGGAUCUGAAGCCUACAGCAUUGGACUGAAAAAUUCCAACCUAAUGAUAGAAGAUCAGUCCUAUAAGAUGAGUCCCAAAGCAAAGAGAGCAAAACAGAGUUUGAUAUCAGAAGACAAAGAGAAUGAAGCCUUAGACUACUCAGUGCCCAUAUUCACAGGACGAGCAGUGAAUAUCAGUGGUAUCACAGACACCGAAGAAGAGAGAAUUAAAGAAAGUGCUGCAUAUGUUGCCAAGAGGAACCUUUUUGCCACAGGGGAAGGAGUUAGUGUCAGCAAGGUGGCCAAGACAACUUCUGAAGAGCAACAUCAUGAAAAAAAAUCAAGGAAAGUUGCGAUCCGGGAGUCUGCUGAACGUGUAGCCAUGAAGAAAACGCUAGAAGAGACUCAGGCAUUCCAUAAAAAGUUGAAUCAAGAUAAACUCUUACAUGCUCCUGAGUUUAUCAUUGAGCCCCGUUCUCACACUAUCUGGGAAAAGGAAAAUGUUAGAUUUAAUUGUUCCGUGGCUGGCUGGCCUGAACCCCGUGUUACAUGGUACAAAAACAACGUGCCCAUUGAUGUACAGGCUCACCCUGGCAAGUAUAUCAUUCAAAGUCGAUAUGGGCUGCACUCCCUGGAGAUAACUGAAUGUGAAUUUGACGACACUGCCCAGUAUCAUGCCUCUGCUAUGAAUGUUAAAGGAGAAGUUUCGGUUUAUGCUUCCCUCGUGGUAAAGAGGUACAAGGGAGAAAUUGACGCAAGUCUUUUGCAUGCUAGAAAUCUUUCCCUCUCUCCAUUUGCUGUUACCCCACAUGGCUAUGCUUCCAGGUUUGAAAUCAGCUUUGUCGACAAGUUUGAUGUAGCCUUUGGGAGAGAAGGUGAAACAAUGAGUCUUGGCUGCACAGUUGUCAUCAAUCCUGAUAUCAAGCGCUUCAAACCAGACAUUGAGUGGUACAGGAAUGGUGUUCUUAUUACACCAUCCAAAUGGGUCCAGAUGCAGUGGAGCGGGGAGCGAGCUUCUUUGACGCUGACUCAUGCAAACAAGGAAGAUGAAGGUCUUUACACACUGCGAGUGGCGAUGGGAGAGUACUAUGAGGAGUACAGCGGUUAUGUCUUUGUUCGAGAUGCUGAUGCUGAAAUUCCUGGAGCCCCUGGUGCACCACUGGAUGUGCAGUGCUUAGAUGCCAACAAAGAUUAUGUCAUUGUCUCCUGGAAGCAACCCGCUGUUGAUGGAGGAAACCCCAUCCUUGGAUAUUUCAUUGACAGGUGUGAGGUUGGCACGUCCCACUGGACCCAGUGCAAUGAGAAUCCCGUGAAGUUUGCUCGCUUUCCUGUCACUGGUCUGAUUGAAGGCCGUUCCUACAUUUUCCGAGUCCGAGCUGUGAACAAAGCUGGUGUCAGCCUGCCAUCCCGGGUGUCAGAGCCUGUGGCUGCUCUGGAUCCUGCAGACAGAGCCAGGCUUAGAAGUCACCCUUCUGCUCCUUGGACUGGACAGAUUAUUGUGACUGAGGAAGAACCUGCAGAGGGUGUUGUUCCUGGUGCCCCCACAGACCUCCAAGUUAUUGAGGCCACCAAGAACUAUGUUGUACUUAGCUGGAAACCUCCUGGGCAGCGGGGCCAUGAGGGUAUCAUGUACUUUGUGGAAAAGUGUGUUGCUGGCACAGAGGACUGGCAAAGGGUGAACACCGAGAUCCCUGUGAAGUCCCCUCGCUUUGCAGUUUUUGAUUUGUCUGAAGGCAAAUCCUACUGCUUCCGAGUUCGCUGCUGCAAUUCAGCUGGAAUUGGAGAACCCUCAGAAGCAACUGAAGCCACUGUAGUGGAUGACAAACUCGAUAUUCCCAAAGCUCCUGGCCGUAUCAUGCCAACUAGGAAUACAGAUACUUCAGUUGUUGUCACUUGGACAGAGCCCCCAGAUGCCAAGGAGCUGGUUGGGUACUACAUUGAGUCAAGUGUGGAAGGAUCUGGUCGUUGGGAACCAUGCAACAACAAUCCAGUGAAAGGCACAAGAUUCAUUUGCCAUGGGCUCAGCAAUGGUGAGAAGUACAUUUUCAGAGUCAGAGCUGUUAAUGCAGCAGGUCUCAGUGAAUUUUCACAAGAAUCAGAACCUAUAGAAGUGAAAGCAGCCAUUGCUGCUCCAUCUCCACCUUACGACAUCGUGGUGCUCGAGAGUGUUCGUGACUCAAUGGUCCUGGGAUGGAAACAACCUGAAGCCAUUGGUGGAACUGAAAUUACCGGCUACUACGUGAACUAUAGGGAAGUGGUUGAUGGAGUUCCUGGGAAAUGGAAGGAGGCCAACAUUAAGGCUGUUACUGAGAGGGCAUACAGGAUCCAAGACCUGAAGGAAAACAUGGUGUACCAGUUCCAGGUGGCUGCUGCUAACCUGGCGGGGGUUGGGACACCCUCCAAACCCAGCAAGCCCUUCAAAUGUGAAGAGUGGACCAUUGCUGUGCCUGGGCCACCCCAUGAUGUCAAAUGCACAGAAGUUAGGAAGGAGUCUCUGGUUUUACUGUGGAAGGAACCAGUUUAUUCUGGUCGUAGUCCCAUAGUUGGUUAUUAUGUUGAUAUGAAGGAAACUGAAGCAAAGGAGGAGCACUGGAGAAGUGUCAAUGAGAAGCCACUUCAAAAGAAAUUCUUGAAGAUUGGUGGCCUGACACAAGGUGUGAGCUACGUGUUUCGUGUGCGGGCAACAAACCAGGCUGGCGUUGGGAGACCAUCAGAUGUCACAGAUGCUGUCAUAGCUGAAACACGACCAGGAACCAAGGAAGUGGUGGUUGAUGUAGAUGACAAUGGAGUAAUUUCCUUGAACUUUGAAUGUGAUCAGAUGUCUCCAGACUCUAAAUUUAUUUGGUCCAAGAAUUAUGAACCAAUUGAGGAUGACCCUCGACUGAACAUCGAUACCAAAGGCGGAAAGUCAAAACUUUCCUUUAAGGAUCUUGGAGAAGAUGAUUUGGGAAUUUACUCUUGUAUUGUUACAGACACUGAUGGAGUUUCAUCAAGCUACACGAUUAAUGAGGAAGAAAUGAAACGCCUGCUUGCUCUGAGCCACGAACGCCAAUUCCCAACUGUCCCACUUACCUCUGAGUUGGCAGUGGAAAUCUUGGAAAAAGGAGAAGUGAGAUUCUGGCUGCAAGCUGAAAAACUGUCUGGCAAUGCAAAGGCCAACUUUGUAUUUAAUGAUAAGGAGAUUUUCAAUGGAGAGAAAUAUAAAAUGAAGGUGGACCGGAAUACAGGCCUUGUUGAAAUGAUUAUGGAUAAACUUGAGGAAAAGGAUGAAGGAACUUACACGUUCCAGCUGCAGGAUGGAAAAGCAACCAAUCAAUCUAGUCUUGUCCUCAUUGGUGAUGUAUUCAAGAAGCUACGGGAUGAAGCAGAUUUCCAGAAAAAAGAGUGGCACAGGAAACAAGGUCCUCAUUUUGUGGAUAAACUGGGAUGGGAAGUUACCGAUGAGUGUAAUGUCAUGCUGAAAUGUAAGGUGGCUAAUAUUAAGAAGGAAACACACAUUGUGUGGUACAAAGAUGACAGGGAGAUAAUGGUAGAUGAAGAACAUGACUUCAAGGAUGGCGUGUGUACUCUGCUUAUAUCAGAGUUUUCUAAGAAAGAUGCUGGCACUUAUGAAGUCAUACUGAAGGACGACAGAGGAAAGGACUCCAGUGAGCUAAAGCUCAAGGACACAGCUUUUGCAGAUCUGAUGAAUGAAGUAUGCAGAAGGAUUGCUUUAUCUGCAACAGACCUGAAAAUCCAGAGCACAGCUGAGGGUAUCAGACUGUACUCCUAUGUUACUUAUUAUGUGGAAGAUUUGAGAGUAGGCUGGGUGCACAAUGACACCCAGAUUAAGUUCACGGACCGAAUGAGGACUGGUGUCACCGGGGAGCAGAUCUGGUUGCAGAUAAAUGAGCCAACUCCACAGGACAAAGGCAGAUACAUAAUGGAACUCUUUGAUGGCAACACAACGCACAAAAAGACGGUGGAUCUCUCUGGACAAGCAUUUGAUGAAGCCUUUGCUGAGUUCCAGAGACUAAAGCAAGCUGCAAUUGCAGAGAAAAAUCGUGCACGGGUACUUGGAGGUUUGCCCGAUGUUGUCACCAUCCAGGAGGGCAAGGCACUUAAUCUUUCUUGCACUGUCUGGGGAGAUCCCACCCCAGAGGUCUCAUGGCUGAAGAAUGAAAAGUCAUUUGUAUCAGAUGCCAAUUGCAUCCUGAAGUUUGAAUCUGGAAAAAAUGUCAGCUUUUCCAUUUCUACUGUGUCGACACAAGACUCUGGGAAAUACAGCAUCGUGGUGAAGAACAAGUAUGGUACAGAGACCAGCGAUGUCACUGUAAGUGUGUACAUACCUGAGGAAGAGAGAGAGUCUGAGCAAGAGAAAAAGCAGUAGGAUGAAACAAAAGUAUGAAUUUAAGUCUAGAAGACAGAAGUACAGGAGAGAUUUUGGAUGUUAGGCUGAUAUAAUCUGUGUGUAAAUGGCUUUCUGCUUUAGCAGGCAGCCUUGGAUUUUUCCAUUCACUUCACAUUUGCUUCUAAUACACUUAUUUAUGCCAGGGAAAACAGGGCAUUUCCUAAAUGUUUUCUUACUGCUAACUUCACAGAAACUAAUUGUAGCCUUUUAAGCAAGGCUAAAUGCUUGCUGUCUGUAAACACAUGCCUACCAUUUGACCCUCUUCCUGGAGCAUCUUGAAGGAAAGGGUCAAGAAUUGUUUUAGUGGAAGCAACUAAUGAGGUAGAUGGAAAGAUCAAAAAUGAUCAGGGUGUAUUUGAGCAGCAGUUAGGAUUUGUUCCAGCUUUGGUAUAGCAGCAUAAAUGGAAUGUGUUAGAUCAUGGAGAAAUGAUUGCUGGUUUUGUCUGUGUUAAGGCCCCUUUGUAUUGCUGUGUUAAUUUAGUGAGGCCUUAAUAUGAGUGUCAUUUACAGCCCUAAAUAUUGUUUAAUCUGCCCAAACAGGGUAACAGUACUGUAACAUAAAUGAAAAUAAGGCUUAGGAGGCCAGGAUAAUAAUAUGUUUGUGUGUGUGUCUGUAAAAGUGUAUGAACUCUGCUCUGUGUUCACAAAUAAACUGAAUUCACUUAUUUCCUUC